UUCCCUCUCAGGUAGCUACAUCAUUACUAUCGGAGCGGAUUUCAAGAUUCGGACGGUCGAUGUUAAUGGGGAGAAGGUGAAGCUGCAGAUCUGGGAUCCCGCUGGGCAAGAACGAUUCCGUACAAUCACGUCUACAAGCUGCCCGACCCGCUGAAUGACUCCAGCACUGUGUGACCUUCCCAUGAUGCAUGCCGCCCCCCACGUGACUCGGCGCAAUGGCAGGGGUUUAGGAGCCGUUGCUGUGAGGGCGGCCAGGGUACCGUGAGCCCCCCCCCCCCCAUCCCCCCCCCCCUAUCUGCUCGGUGUGAUCUUCGAGGGACUGAACUUCAGUGGAGGACCACAUGGCGGGGCACAACAAGGAGAAGCGUUAUGAGUGCGACGUGUGUGGCAAGACCUGGCAGUUCCCAAGUCUGCUGGAGGCCCACCGGCGGGUGCACACGGGAGAACGCCCCUUUGACUGCUCCACAUGCGGCAAGACCUUUACCCAGUCGUCGAGCCUGCAGGUGCACCAGCGGGUACACAGUAGUGAGCGGUCCUUCACCUGCUCCGACUGCGGCAAAGGCUUCAAGUCAUGCACGCGCCUGAAGGUGCACAGGCGCCUACACACCGGGGAGCGGCCCUACACCUGCAGCAACUGCGGCAAGGGCUUCACCCGCUCCAGCAACCUGCUGGUGCACCAGCGCAUCCACACUGGUGAGCGGCCCUUCACCUGCACCCAGUGCGGCAAGGGCUUCACCCACUCCAGCAACCUGUUGUAUCACCAGCGCAUCCACACCGGAGAGCGUCCCUACACCUGCGCUCAGUGCGGAAAGGGCUUCACCCAGUCCAGCAACCUGCUGGAGCACCAGCGCACUCACACCGGCGAGCGGCCCUACACCUGCACCCAAUGCGGCAAGGGCUUCACCAGCUCCACCAGGCUGCUGUCCCACCAGCGGGUGCACGCCGGCGACCGUCCCAUCCGCAGCCUGGUGUGUAGAGAGCUAUUUUGCCAUGGCCUCCCACACCCUGUCUCACCAGCACGUGCACACCAGUGGCCAGCCCUACGACUGCCCGUACUGCGGUGAGGCUUUUGACAGCUCGCGGGAGUUGCGGCAGCACCGGCGGGCCCACGCCGGCGAGCGGGUGCUCCCACUGCAGCAAGCGUUUCAAGAGCAUACGGAGACUGCGGGAGCACCAGCGGAUACACACAGGAGGGAGAUCCUUUGUGUGCGCUGAGUGUGGCAAGGGUUUUACACACAUGUCCAGCCUGUGGCAGCACAGGUGUACCCUCAGCGUUGAGUUUCCCUUCACCUGCCCAUCCUGUGGUAAGGGCUUCACCCGCCUUGACCACCUGCUGGAGCACCGGCGACUCCACAUCGGCCAGCGCCCCUUCACCUGCCCGCUGUAUGGCAAGGCCUUUGCCCGCUCCUCCAGCCUG